CUUUCACUUUUUUCAGGUAACGCAAUCUCAGUGGAUUUAUAUUCUAUUAUGCACCAAACUUUUAUCUACUCAACAAAAUCAUUUCAAAAAAUAAAAAAAAUAAAAAUCAUUACAGAACUAUCCAUAAAGACAAGAAAGAAAGAAAUAAAGAAAGCAACGGUUUCGCUCCCGCCUUCACAGCUGUCUUUCAUAAUUAGCCAGCGAAUAAUACCAUCACUCCUCUCACACAACCGUCACGCUAUUAAAAACAACAGUCCAAUAACAGAUCCCAUCACUUACAUCAUCCAACGGCCGGAACGCCACGUGGCCUAAUCUCACUCCCCUUUGUGUAUAUAUCAGUCUGGUAUCUUCUCAUAGACAAGAACACACUCUCUUUUCUUCAUGGCCACAGAUCAAGAAAAUCUCCUCUCUGAUGAAUACAACGAAACGGCGACGCUUUGCGGGUGUGGGUAUCUCCGUAGGUUCCAUGUGUUCCGGUGGCGAAGAGUAGGAGGAGGAGACAGUGGCUGGAGCGGUAACUUGCAGGAAGAAAGAAGUGAAAGCUGGUGGAGCAGGAAACUUAAGGUGCUAAAGGAGAUUUCUGAGAAAAUUGCGGGACCAAAGUGGAAAAACUUUAUAAGAAGUUUUAGCAAGAAGAAGAAGGUGAAGAGGGAUGUUGAUUUCACGUACGAUCUUGAAAACUACAGUCUUAAUUUUGAUGAGGGAGGUGAUAAUCCUUCACCGGAGAGGUAUGUAGCUCCGGUUGUUAUUAAAAUUUGAUACUUUUUUGGUGUUUAUCUCUCAUUUUGUAACUAUUUUUGUUUAUUAUAUUGUUAUAUGUUAAUACAAACAUAAUCAAGGGUUAAUUAUAAUAGUUUCGUGUUUAACUUAA